AUGGACAUCCUGUCUGCCGAUAGUUAUCGUCAAGUCCAUUUACGCGAGACCAGGGCCAGAUUAAAACUCGCGGAUAGCGAGAGACGGGAGUUUGCAAGGGAAUUGGUACGCCGGAACGGAAGUUUCCGUCAAGCUACGGCAACUUCCGACUCUCGAUCCAUCCUUGGCCAACUAUUUUCAAAAAUGCCCCCCGUUGACAACGUCGCCCACCAUUCGCUAUCGCUCUCCGCUUGGCGCGUCGCCGUCGCGUUUGCAGUUAUUGUUGUCUUCGCCCAGGCCCUCACACUCUGCAUUGUCUCCUUUUGCUCUCGCACCGCGAGCCCGCCUUCACCGCCGCCAGUUCUUCAUUCUGAGAAACAUAAUGCCAAGAUAAUACCUUUGCCGUCGAGCGUCUGUUCUCUCUCGCCGCCUGUCCCUUGUGUAACCAAAUUGGACGAUAAUGAUGUCCCUUUCUUCGCGCCUUAUCAUACGAACAUCACGCCUGCCAACCCGAAGCUCCAACCUGUGACUGGAUACUCGCAUGGAGUCAUAGCUGCUGGUCGCACCUUUCUAGCUGGGGUGAAGAAGAGCCAGGGCGGGUAA